UCCCGCCAGCUUUUCGCUCUCUUUUUCCGGCACCCGUAUUCGCAGAGCAGGCAAAACCUAGGGUUUCUUGAAUGCGAGCUUGAGCGGCCGGAAUCGGCAAAGCCAGCAGUAAGGAAGGAAGGCAACAAGGUUUCGCCGCGAGAAAACGGAAGACAGAGAUGGGCACGGAAGGGGCCACCCCGGAAAGAAGAACAACCAGGUCCUCCUCCUCCCUCUCCAAACCCUCACUCGAUGCCCCCAAAACGCCUCUCUCUCCUCCCCAAUCCCUACCCUUUGAUCUCCUAUUCUCCGACGAACCCCUCUCCAUCGACACCCUUCUCUCGAAUCUCCCCGGCAGAAGCGCACAAAUCCUCGAAAUCUCGCGCCUGAUCGGGCCCCCGAAUUCCCCCAUGCUCCCUCUACUCUUAUACGGCGGCGUUUCCACCGGCAAGACCAGCGCCAUCCUCCAAAUAUUCCACCAUUUAAACCGCCCCUUUGUUUACACCAGCUGCCGCUCCUGCCACUCCCCCCGAAUCCUCUUCGAGUCGGUGCUCAACCAGUUGCUGCUCCACAGAAGGCAUCCCGGCAAUGGAUAUUCGAGUGCUCGGCGCUGCGAGAGGGCCUCCGACUUCGUCAACCUGCUUCGAGAUGCGCUGUCUCAGGUGACAGGAUCUCUUAGAGGUAAAAAGAGUAAAUUGGAUGGCAAUAGGGAGAUGAUUUAUUUGAUUUUUGAUAACGUGGAGCGUAUUCGGUCGUGGAACAAGAGCUCGGAUAUUCUUGCUUUGCUGUUUAGACUGUUUGAUGUAUUGAAUUUUCCUGAAGUGGGUUUGAUUUAUAUCAGUAAUGCAGCACCUGAUGCUUAUUAUUCGAUGACUGGUUCUGUUGAGCCUGUUAGUGUGCAUUUUCCUGAUUAUACAGUGGAUGAUCUUUUUAAUAUUCUUAUGUUGAGAAGCCGAGCCAAUCCGAAACUCUAUUCCUCUUUUCUCAGUGUCGUUUUGAAGCCCUUCUUUCGUGUUACUAGACGGAUUGAUGAGUUGGCUACUGCAUUUGAUCCUCUAUUUCAGAAAUAUUGUGAACCUUUAGCUGAUUUGAAUCUGGUUCCCGAUGAGAGCAUGAAGAGAAGGUUGUUUGUUCGCCUUCAGCCACACCUGGCAGCUUCAUUAAAUGAGACAUUCAGAUUUCCUUCCGAGUGUUCUUUUGAAGCUAUUAAGGAGGGAACUUGUAGUAAGAAGGGAAAUAUAAGGAAAUUAAAUGGCAGGGAGACUUCUAAUGAAUUGGACUUUCAUAUGUCAGUAUCUGCAAAAUAUCUUCUCAUCUCUGCAUUUCUUGCUUCGAGAAACCCUGCUACUCUUGAUGCAGCCUUUUUCGACUCAACCGGAGGCUCUAAUAAUCAUAAGCGAAGGAGGAAGAGCUCUCAGGCAAUUAUGGAUCAAAAAGAUGAAACGGCUGAAGAAAUGCAUAUGAAGGGACCUGGGAGUUUCCCCUUGGAAAGGUUAUUAGCUAUAUUUCAGUGCAUCACAUCAGUCGGUGAAGGUACACUGGAGGAAGAACAGCUCGAAGAUGGGAUGAUGACUGAAAGUGGGAAUGUUGGGCUGAUGUCUGAUGUUCUAUUGCAGCUGUCUACUCUCUGCAAUGCUAAUUUUAUAUGCAAAAGCGGAAGCUGCCCCUUGGAAGGCUCGACUAGAUAUCGUUCUACUGUUGAUGAGGAUGUGGCUUUGAAGGUGGCAAGGAGCAUAAACUUCCCCCUGUCGAAGUAUUUGUAUAGAAGAUAGUCUUGAAUACUAAUGGUUAUUAGCAGCAAGUGGUGUUGUAUCAUAUCAUGGAGAGUAUAUCAGAUAACCUGAUUAGAUAGAACUUGCACAGAUAACCUUGUCAACAGAGAUCUAGAUAUGCUGACUUCCAGUACCUUUGAGAUAGGCAAUGCUUACAAGGCAAGCUGAGAUAGCAUGGGGAAAGUCUAAACUCAAAACAGCUGGGGGAGUAUGAUAUUUAAUCCUGAUAUAGGCCCAAGGACCAAAAAAAACUCUGUGACUAAACUUCUAACAAUCGCAUAUUGUUGAUUAUGGCUGCUGCUGCCAUCAUACUGGAGGAAAGGAAUAAAGAGAUCUUUACUUGGCGGUGGUGGUGCUGUGUUUUAUCUAUGUAGAUGUUUGUAGUUGCUUGGAUAAUUCAAAAUAGUAAUAGAAAUUUAAGGCUGAGAUUUCACUGGAA